GAAGUCGCGGGGUGCGUCCGCCUCACCUGCGGUAGGUGGGGGCGGCGGCGGCCUUGGGCGGAGUCGGGUAAGGGGCAUUAGGGACGUGUUUGGAGCCAGGGUAACCGAGAAACCUCGCGACGCUCUGAGUGGCCCGAGGCGGUCGGCUGCCUCUCUGCCCAGCGACGUUACCACCGGGCACCUGCAGUACGUGUUGCAGCCGUCGUGGCACCUCUCCAGAAAUAACCAUAACCUUGCUGCUUACUGAGGGCCCACUGAGUGCCAGGCGCUGUGCAUCGCUUCAGUUCUUACAACAGCUCUGCAAGGACGGUGCUUGACACGUGGUAGGCUCUCAGGAUUCAUUGGGUGCACGCAUGAAUGAAUGAGCCUACACGGCUCCGAAAGGUCAGCACCAUGGCUCUUCCACGUGAUUCAGAUGAAACUUCCUAUUUACUGCCUCCCAACAGUGAGGACUGGGAAGGGCACAGCAUUCCUGACUUCGUCUACGGGCAGAAGGAACUCGUGCCGGAAGGAAUUCGGUGGCCGAGCCGUGCACCCAGCCUCCUGGACACACUGCCACUGUCUCGCUUUGACUCUGCCCUCUGCGCGGCCUGGAGGCAGCGGAUGGAGCUGGGGCUGUUCCGCUACCGCCUGGGGGAGCUGCAGACCAAAACGCUCCCUGGUGCCGUGGGGUUUGUGGCACAGCUGAACGUGGAGCGAGGUGUGCAGAGAAGGCGCCCGCAGAGCAUCCGGAGUGUGAGGCAGGCGUUUGACCCAGCACAGUUUAACUUUAACCAGAUCCGCCCAGGAGAAGUCCUCUUCCGCUUGCACCGGCAGCCCGAUCUCCCUGGUGCUCUCCAGCAAGAGGACAUCCUCGUGGUGAUCAAUGUCAGCCCCUUGGAGUGGGGUCAUGUGCUGCUGGUGCCUGAGCCCUCCCAAAGGCUCCCCCAGCGCCUGCUGCCAGGGGCACUGCGGGCCGGGGUCGAGGCUGUGCUGCUGAGCUCACAUCCAGGCUUCCGCGUCGGCUUCAACAGCCUGGGCGGCCUGGCCUCGGUGAACCACCUCCACCUGCAUGGCUAUUACCUGGCCCACAGACUGCCCGUGGAGGGGGCCCCAAGCGAACCCCUGGAUCCUGGGGGCCGUCUGCAUCUGCUCCAGGCCCUCCCAGCUCCCGGCUUCCUAUUUUACACCAGUGGGCCAGGGCCCGACUUGGAAGCCUUGAUAAGCAGGGUAUGUCGGGCCACUGACUAUCUGACUGAUCACGAGAUUGCACAUAACUUGUUUGUGACCCGGGGGGGCCCACCUGGAAAGACAUCAUCUUCCUCCGCCCUCACAGGGGUCCGAGUAAUUCUGUGGCCCCGGAAGUCCCGCUUUGGGAUAAAGGAAGGCGAGGCAUUCAAUGUUGCCCUCUGUGAGCUGGCUGGGCAUCUCCCUGUCAAAACAUCCCAGGACUUCAGCAGCCUGACAGAGGUGGCGGCUCUGGCCAUCAUCCGAGACUGUCUGCUGCCCCCAGCCCAGGCAGGAGAGGUGCAGGCAGCACUGGUGGCCUUGAUAGCCCAGGAGGAGCAGUAAUCCUUCCAGAAGUAUUUAUUUUGUAGCUGAUCUAAGUCUCUUUCCAGAGAGGUGUCCAUCAUGGUCAUGUGUGCACUUUCAUGAAUGCCUUCUCACCUGUCUCAGCCUAAGGGGAGGGGUAAAGAACUCGCAAGUGGUCUCUUUAAAGAGGAACCUUAGAAUAAAUUGAAUGA